AUGCCCUCCGGCCCGCGCGUCGUCUACUGGUUCCGGACCGACCUCCGGCUCCACGACUCCCCCGCGCUCGCGGCCGCCCUCGCCCUCGAGCCGGCGGUGCUCUGGCCCGUCUUCACCUGGGACCCGCACUACGUCUACCGCGCGCGAGGCGGUCUGAACCGGUGGCAAUUCCUACUCGACUGCCAGAAUGACCUCUCGGAGAGCAUCACGAAGCUCAACCCCAAGUCGAAGCUCUUCGUCCUGCGCGAGGGGCCGCAGACGCUCUUCCCGAAGCUGUUCGAGGCGUGGAAGGUGACGCACCUCGUCUUCGAGAAGGACACGGACGCGUACGGGCGGGAGCGCGACGAGGUCGUGAUGAAGGCAGCCGCGGACGCCGGCGUCAAGGUCAUUGUGAAGAGCGGGCGGACGCUGUGGGACAGCGACGCGGUCGUCGAGAAGCACGGCGGCAAGCCGACCAUGUCCAUGUCGCAGCUGCAGGCGGCUGGCGCCAAGGUCGGGCCCAUCGCGAAGCCGAUCCCCGCGCCCGAGAGCCUGCCGGACCCCGGGGAGAUGCCGGUCGAUUUCGAGCCGACGCCGCCUCAGACGAAGCCGGAUUUCAACGCGGAGCAGCGCACCGAGGGGGACUCGGCGUAUAAGAAGAUUUCCGGGCCGAACGGCGACUUCGCGAUUGAGACGAUGGAGGAGCUCGGAUUUCCGUCUGCGACCACGCCGCACCGGGGAGGAGAGACGAAGGCGUUGAAGAUGCUCGAGGAGAUCCUGGCGGAUAAGAAGUACACCGCCACGUUUGAGAAGCCGAAGACGAGCCCCGCGGCGUUCGAGCCGCAAUCGACGACGCUGCUAUCGCCGUUUCUCCACUUUGGGGCGUUGUCUGUGAGGGAGUUCUACUGGAGGGCGAAGGAGAUCAUCGACGAGUACAAGGGCGCCGCCAAGGUGCCGGAGAACCUGCUCGGCCAGCUGCUGUUCCGAGACAUGUACUUCGCGGCGCACGCGGCUCUGGGGUACAAGUUCACCCAGACGGCGAACAACCCGUAUUGCCGAUUCAUCCCGUGGCACUUGCCGUCCAAGGUCGACGCCAAGACGGGGCUCGUCACCGGGGAGUAUCACGUUGAUUCGGAGCAGGCGGACGAGUGGUUCAGGAGAUGGAAGUUUGGCAUGACGGGGUUUCCGUGGAUCGACGCCCUCAUGCGGCAGCUGCGCGAGGAGGGCUGGAUCCACCACCUCGGCCGUCACUCUGUCGCCUGCUUCCUCACCCGUGGCGGCUGCUACAUCGACUGGGAGCGCGGAUGCGAGGUCUUUGAGGAGUGGCUGCUCGACCACGAGCCGGCGUGUAAUGCGGGUAACUGGCAAUGGCUGAGCUGCACCGCCUUCUUCUCGCAGUACUUCCGGUGUUACAGCCCGGUGUCGUUUGGCCAGAAGUGGGACAAGCACGGGGAUUUCGUGCGGCGUUGGGUGCCGGAGCUCAAGAAGAUGGAUGCCAAGUACAUUUACGAGCCGUGGAAGGCCCCGCUGCCGGACCAGAAGAAGGCCGGGGUGCGGGUGACAGGUCGCGGGGAGAAGGCGGAAGAGGGAGUGUACCCGAAACCCAUGUUCGACUUCAACGAGAGGAGGACGGCAUGUUUGAGUGCGAUGAAGCAGGCGUAUCAAGUCGGCCUGCACGGGAACGACGAUAAGGUGCGGGACGGCAGCUGGCGGAAGCUAUUUGAGGGUACGGACACGGAGAUGAUGGACGAAUUCGAGAGUGACGACGGCGAACGCGCGGACGAGGCCGAUGAAGACGGCGCCAAAGUGAAGGGAGAUGAGAUUACGCCGGCCAAGCGGGCUGCCGAGGAGGGCAGCGCCGAGCAGCACGCCGACAAGAGGCGAAGGUCGUAG